AUGAAUCAAAACAUUUCUAUACUGACUGAUGAUAAAAUAAGUAAAAUUCAUUGCGAUCACGAUUAUGGCGAUGCCAGUCGUUUAGUGAAACCUCGUUUAUUGAAGAAAAGUCAUCGAUGCAGUUUGACAUCAUUAAUCAUUCCAAUUCUAUUGGGUUUAGUUUUUAUUUUUGGCUGCAUACUAUUAAUACUUACUCUUGAUCGAUUAAAUAUAUGCCAACUACAACAACUCGAACAAAUAGAAUCACUUCAAGGGUAUCGAAUUGAUAGUCAUUCUCAUAAAAAGCACCUGUUACAAAAUACAUGGGUUGAUAAUUUUAGUCAUCAAUUUGACCAUUCACUUACCGAUACGAAUACCGAUGAACGUUUAUUUUUAACUCCUGAUCGACGCGCUGGUAUUGCAAUACGUAUAGAAAGUCAUGGUUAUUUAUUAAAUGAACGAUGGGUUAAAACUUGA